AUGCGCUCCGCGGAUUGUGCAUGCUGCACGGCAGGGAAUCUGCAUGUGGAGACAAUUGAGGAGACCGCACAUCCGGAAGUUGAAACCCAUCUCGGGGAGACAGAGAAUAAAUCCUCAGGAAUGAGCACCCCGUCGGAUGCUCCCGCUAUGACGGAUCACGUGAGUAUGCUGAUCGAAGAUGAUCAUCUUGUUCGAGGCAUCUCAAUCCAUGCAACUUUGCGCAGCGGAGGUUCUUUGUGGAAGAAGUCCCCCUGUGAUAUGAGUGAAGCGGAGAAAGUUGGCCUGUGGCAAAAAUCGAGGCGUGUCGACGAAUUCGACAUAUUUCUGUCACAUGCUUGGGUCAGUUCUGGCAGAGCCAAGUUUCUGGCCUUGCUGUUCUACACUGGCAGCGGAUAUUCUUUCCUGUUCUGGGCUAUUGCAUUGGUGUGCUCUAGCGGACUAUGCAUGUGUGAUGUGCUGCCAAUGCCAUUUGUCCUGCCCUUGGAAUUGCCGGAGUUUUCUGGCGACUGCCCGCUAGGGCUGUGGAUGCUGAUAUUUAGCUCCAUGGCGCAGCUUGCUGGCUUGGCUUUGAGCCCUUACUUGCCCCAUAGAAAGUGCGACUGCUUCUUGGACGUGGUGAGCAUCAAUCAGCAUGAUCCUGCCCUGACGAGCCGCGGGAUUUAUGCGCUGGGCGGUUUUCUGAGCCGGUCCAAGGAGCUGCGUAUCCUGUGGAGCGCGCCGCUCUUCACCAGGCUUUGGUGCGUCUUUGAGCUGGCAGCCUUCUGCGCCGUGAAUCCAUCAGGCCGGAUUCAGCUGAUGCCUCAGUAUUUUGUGGCCAUCGCUUUGCUAAGCAUGGUAUCCAUGAUGGCCCUCCCGAUGGUUUUAUGGGGCAUGCGGCUUGGCGUUGACUUCGGCUGGCUUCACUUGCCCUUCACCUUUGCAGCUUUACUUGGAUCUAUACACUUUGGAAGGCGGGUCAGCUUGCAAAAGCAGAGUCUCAUUGAGCAGUUGGAAAGCUUUACACUGGAUGGAGCGGAGUGCCGAUUGGAAAGUGACCGGGGCUUCAUUUAUGAGGCAGUGACGCAGUGGUAUGGUGGCCUGGAUCAGUUCACUGAGCUUGUCCGAGGCCCGUUGCGACGGCAACUCCUCCAAUGCUGCUCGCAGAUCCCCGCAGAGUUGCUCUUGUUUCUGGUCUUGCCCCUCGUAGCCUACAAAGCGGAGUUGUUGCUCGCAAUGUGGAAGGGAGGUGUGCCAGGCAACAUCUUGAUAGCGUACUGUUGCAGUGCCAUUCUGGGCCUCGGCGUUCUUUGGACGGCCUUCGCAUCGAGUGUGUGUCUUUGCUUGGUCGACUUCCUUGCAAAACCGAUUCGGUCAGGAGUUGCGUGGGACUUCUUCCAGUCGCUGGCGAUUUCUGUUCUGACCGUCUUUCCAUUUUAUUCCGGCAAUGUGCUAGAAGCAGGAGCGCGCAAGGGCGACGCGAUUUUGAUAGCCACUUGGGCCGCUUUACUCUGCCUGUGUGUGGCUUGGUUCUGCUGGGCUGCAAGCGCUGGGAGGCUGACAGUGCUCUUUCCCCUUCAAUGGAAGAUUGCCAGGGGGCCGAAAUGCCAGCAGCACACCGAGAAGUGA